CUUUUAUUCCCAAAGGUGUCUGAGUAAUAUAGAAGAACCUAAUCUAACACGUGUCUCAGAAUUCCUCCUCCUAGGCCUCUCAGAGGAUCCAGACCUGAAGCCCACCCUCUUCAGACUGUUUCUGUCCAUGUACCUGGUCACUGUCCUUGGGAACCUGCUCAUCAUCCUGGCAGUCAGCUCUGACCCCCACCUCCACACCCCUAUGUAUUUCUUCCUCUCCAACCUGUCCUUGACUGACAUCUGCUUCAUCUCCACCACGGUCCCCAAGAUGAUUGUGAACAUCCAAACUCACAGCAGAGCCAUCUCCUACAUGGGCUGCCUGACACAGAUGUCUCUUUUUGCCAAUUUUGUCUGUAUGGAUGACAUGCUUCUGACUGUGAUGGCCUAUGACCGGUUUGUGGCCAUCUGUCACCCCCUGCGAUAUCCAGUCACUAUGAACCCUCAUCUCUGUGGCUUCUUAGUCAAGGUGUCUUUAUUAAUUAGCCUUUUGAAUUCCCUGCUGCACAGUUUCAUUAUACUAAAGUUUGCCUACUUCAAGGAUGUGGAAAUUUCUAACUUCUUCUGUGACACUUCUCAACUCCUCAAUUUUGCCUGUUCUGAUACUUUUACCAAUAACAUAGUCAUUUAUAUUAUAAUUGGCAUAUUUGGCUUUCUUCCCAUCUCAGGGAUCCUUUUCUCUUAUUAUAAAAUAGUUUCCACUAUUCUGAGAAUCCCAUCCUCAGGUGGGAAAUAUAAAGCCUUCUCUACCUGUGGGUCUCACCUAUCAGUUGUUUGUUCAUUUUAUGGAACAGGCUUUGGAGUGUACCUUGGUUCAGCUGUGUCACAUUCUUCUACAAAAUCUUCAGUGGCCUCGGUGAUGUACCCACUUGUCACCCCCAUGCUGAACCCCUUCAUCUACAGCCUGUGGAACAGGGACAUCUAA